CUUAGAUGCGCUUCAUUCGCAACUUCUCCCCAUCAAACAAACCCAGACAUUUCCAUCACUCCAUAACUUAGGUUUUCUUUUUUCACGAUUCCCAAAGUUUUUCACUUUUCUUCUUCUGCUAUAUUUUUCCAUUAAUGGAGACUCGUAAAAGGUUUAAGAAUCAAUUAGUCUCAUUUUUACUGGUAGCAUGUUUUGCGAUUCAGCUCUGUGCUACUGAUCCAAUCUUUUACGAGUCUUUUGAUGAUUCGUUUGAUGGACGAUGGAUCGUAUCUGAGAAAGAAGAGUACAACGGUGUUUGGAAGCAUUCAAAAAGUGAGGGGCAUGAAGACUACGGACUUCUAGUCAGUGAAAAGGCAAGAAAGUACGCUAUUGUGAAAGAACUUGAGAAGCCUGUUGAAUUGAAGGACGAAACUGUUGUUCUCCAAUUCGAAACUCGCCUUCAGAAUGGACUUGAAUGUGGUGGUGCAUACUUGAAGUAUCUCCGUCCUCAGGAAGCUGGAUGGGUGCCAAAGGAGUUCGAUAAUGAAUCACCAUAUUCUAUCAUGUUUGGACCUGACAAAUGUGGGUCCACAAACAAGGUUCACUUCAUCCUGAAGCACAAGAACCCAAAGAGUGGAGAAUUUGUUGAACAUCACCUCAAGUUUCCUCCAUCUGUUCCAUCUGAUAAGCUGUCUCAUGUGUACACUGCUAUCUUGACCCCUGACAAUGAGGUGCGGAUUCUUGUUGAUGGGGAGGAGAAGAAGAAGGCUAACUUACUUUUGGGUGAUGAUUUUGAACCAGCUAUCAUCCCACCAAAGACCAUCCCAGACCCAGAUGAUAAGAAGCCUGAGGACUGGGAUGAGAGGGAAAAGAUUCCCGACGCAACUGCAGUAAAACCUGAUGAUUGGGAUGAGGAUGCACCAAUGGAGAUUGAAGAUGCUGAAGCUGAGAAACCCGAGGGAUGGUUGGAUGACGAGCCAGAGGAAAUUGAUGACCCUGAGGCAACAAAACCUGAAGACUGGGAUGAUGAAGAGGAUGGUGAAUGGGAGGCACCAAAGAUUGAGAACCCCAAGUGUGAAGAAGCACCUGGUUGUGGUGAAUGGAGGAGACCAAUGAAGAGGAACCCUGCUUACAAAGGGAAAUGGCAUGCCCCACUUAUCGACAAUCCAAACUACAAGGGUAUCUGGAAGCCACAAGAAAUUCCUAACCCUAAUUAUUUUGAGCUUACAACUCCAAACUUUGAGCCAAUUGCUGCCAUUGGUAUUGAAAUAUGGACCAUGCAAGAUGGCAUUCUGUUUGACAACAUUCUGAUUGCUGGUGAUGAAAAGACAGCUGAAUCAUAUAGGAAGACUCAGUGGAAGCCAAAGUUUGACGCAGAGAAGGAGAAACAGAAGGCUGAGGAAGCAGCUGCACAGGCAGCAGACGGCAUCUCAGGCAUUCAGAAGAAGGUGUUCGAUCUUUUGUACAAGGUUGCUGAUGUCCCAUUUUUGCAACCUUACCAGUCUAAGAUUCAUGAACUUAUUGAGAAGGCAGAGACACAACCAAACAUUACUAUUGGUGCCCUGGUUGCCGUUGUAGUGGUCUUCCUCUCUAUUUUCUGGAAGCUUCUUUUAGGCGGGAAGAAGCCGGCUGCUGCAGCCACCCCCGCAAGUCAACCUGCUGCCGCUCCUGUUGCAGAAGAUUCAAGCGCCAAAGAAACCAGUGAAGAGAAGGAAGAAGAGAACGAAAAGGAAGAAACUGCUGCUCCUCGCCGAAGAACCAGGCGUGAGAACUAGAGAAUUCGUAAUGAAUGUGUUAUUGGUUUUUUUAUAACAUUGUGAUCUUCGCAAGACUAAACUAUACAGGAAGGGACAAACCGAUGCUGGUUGCAAGAAGAAUUUUUUUUUUGAGUAUCAUUGCUUUAGAGCGCAAUUCAGUUGUAGGAAUGUAAAUGAGGAUUUAACAGGAUUAUCCGGGUAGUAGUUUUUGGAUGGAUAUGGAAUUUUUGCACUCAAAUGUAUUUUGGUUUUAUUAUUGAAUUCUAGCUUUUGGAUGAAUAUGAAAUUUUACUGGGUUAA